UUGCCCGGGGAACGGGCUCCCGGCAGCCCCCGCGGCCCGGAGUCCGUCCCCGCCUCCUCCCGCCGGGCCGGGCCAGCGAGUCCUGAGGGGCCGCCGCGGGAGCCCCCAGGUUUCCCCAGAUGCCAAGUAAACAUUCCUUUUCCUGCCUGAAGAUCAUCUGUGACAACCUUGGCCAUGGCAUCAGUAUCAGAGCCUAUGACCUUCAGAGAGUUCUGCCCCUUGUACUAUCUCCUCAAUGCCAUUCCCACAAAGGUCCAGAAGGGCUUCCGCUCUGUUGUGGUCUACCUCACAGCUCUCGAUACCAAUGGGGACUACAUUGCUGUGGGCAGCAGCAUCGGCAUGCUCUACCUGUACUGCAGACACUUCAACCAGAUGAGAAAGUACAACUUUGAGGGGAAAACGGAACCCAUCACGGUGGUGAAGCUGCUGAGCUGCUUCGAUGACCUCGUGGCUGCGGGCACCGCCUCUGGGAGGGUCGCUGUCUUUCAGCUUGUGUCCUCGCUGCCAGGGAGAAACAAACAACUUCGGAGAUUUGAUGUCACCGGUAUUCACAGAAACAGCAUAACCGCGCUGGCUUGGAGCCCCAAUGGAAUGAAAUUGUUCUCCGGUGAUGACAAAGGGAAAAUUGUCUAUUCUUCUCUGGAUCUAGACCAGGGCGUGUGUAAUUCGCAUCUGGUGUUGGAGGAGCCGUCUUCCAUCGUGCAGCUGGAUUAUAGCCAGAAAGUGCUGCUCGUGUCUACACUACAAAGAAGCCUGCUUUUUUACAUGGAAGAAAAGUCUGUCAAGCAGAUUGGAACACAACCAAGGAAAAGCACUGGGAAGUUUGGAGCUUGUUUUAUACCAGGACUUUGUAAGCAGAGUGAUCUGACCUUGUACGCGUCACGGCCUGGGCUCCGACUGUGGAAGGCGGAUAUCCAUGGGACUGUUCAAGCCACGUUUAUCUUAAAAGAUGUCUUUGCUGGAGGAGUCAAGCCUUUUGAACUGUACCCACGUCUGGAAUCCUCCAACAGGGGAAGUUGCAGCUUACCUGAGAAACACCUGGGGCUUGUUUCAUGUUUCUUUCAAGAAGGCUGGGUGUUGAGUUGGAAUGAAUAUAGUAUUUACCUUCUAGACACUAUCAACCAGGCCACAAUUGCUGGUUUGGAAGGAUCAGGUGACAUCGUGUCUGUUUCCUGCACAGAAAAUGAAAUAUUUUUCUUAAAGGGAGAUAGGAACAUUAUAAGAAUUUCAAGCAGACCUGAAGGAUUAGCAUCAAUAGUGCGAGAUGGUCUGGAGACACCGGGAUGCGCAGAGCAGGCCCCUGGGCAACGUGGGGAGAAGCCGUCGGGGGCCCCGGUUUCGGAGACAAGGCUCAGGGGCUCUUCCGUGGCCAGCUCUGUGGCCAGCGAGCCCAGGAGCAGGAGCAGCUCGCUCAACUCCACCGACAGUGGCUCUGGGCUCCAGGCAGCUCCGGAGCUGCGGAGGGGAGGCCAGCCCGCCUCGCAGAGAUUCAGCGUGAUCAGCUCCGAAGACUUUGACCAGGAGCUUGUCGUGAAGCCUCUGAAAGUGAAAAAGAAGAGGAAGAAGCGAUCAGAAGGUGCAAGCAGGAACACCUGCCACAGUUCCCUUGAAUCAACUCCCUGCUAUGAGUUUCCUGGUGACAGUCCCCAGUCCUUGAACACAGACCUGCUAUCCAUGACCUCGAGUUUGGGCAGCAUCAUGGAUCGGUUGAGCACAGAGUCUCCUGACCAGGAGAGUAACCUCAGUGGUGAGGUGAAUGGUGUCCUGCAGGAAAAUAUUGACCCUGAAGCGUUCAGUGUCCUGGAGGUGCCUGAGCCCGCCACUGCCGUCCUGCAUGAAGGGAAUGGUGACAGACCUGGACUCCCACGAUGUGACUGUGCCGAAGACACAGGGCCGCACAGUGGAGUGUGGACUUCACUCCUGGAGCUGAGGGAAGCUGUGGAAGGUAGUGACAUUACAGAACUCAGAGAGGAACCUUGUCCCGCAGACGAUGGACUGAAUAGCAGACAGUCGCCCUGUCGAGAAAAGGACAGCUCUGCAGAGGCCCAGGAAGCAGGGGAUGUGGAGCUUGAUGACCCCCAAAGCACUUUUUCUGAAGUCCCUUUCUUGGACUCACCCCUGGUGCCUUCCAGCCUCAGCUGGGCCCCCCGUGCCGAGCCGUGGCUGCCGGGGACCGGAGCUGAUGAAGGCUGUGCCGAGGAGCCCAGCAAGGAGCAGGGCUUCCUCACACACAUGGGGGGCCCGAGCCACCUCGGCUCACAUCCCUGGCACACUGUCACCGACAGUGACACAGGCCUGAAGGAAAUGGUUGCCUCGGGUUGUGACUCGGGGAGUGUGAGAGGACGGCUGACACCCCCAGUCUCUGCCUUGGCGGCUCACACUCAUGAGCCUCGGCUCGAGCAGCCUUCACGGGACCAGGUGUUGACAUCCAGUGAUGAGGAGGACAUCUAUGCCCAGGGGUUGCCUUCUUCUUCCUCGGAGACAAGUGUGACAGAGCUCGGUGGUAGUCGCUCCCUGCAGGACCUAAGCCAGCCUGGCACGGAGGACACCGGGCUCCUAAAGUCAGAUCAGUUUGCAGAAAGCUGGAUGGGAUACUCCGGUCCCGGCUACGGCAUACUCAGCUUGGCGGUCUCCGAGAAGUACAUUUGGUGCCUGGACUACAAAGGCGGCCUGUUCUGCAGCGCACUGCCGGGCGCUGGGCUCCGCUGGCAGAAGUUUGAGGACGCCGUCCAGCAGGUGGCGGUCUCCCCCUCAGGAGCCCUUCUCUGGAAGAUUGAGCAGAAAUCUAACCGAGCUUUUGCUUGUGGAAAAGUGACCAUCAAGGGGAAGCGGCACUGGUACGAAGCCCUGCCCCAGGCAGUGUUUGUGGCCCUGAGCGAUGACACAGCCUGGAUCAUCAGGACAAAUGGAGAUCUGUACCUGCAGACAGGUCUCAGUGUGGAUCGCCCUUGUGCCAGAGCCGUAAAGGUCGACUGUCCAUAUCCACUGUCCCAGGUCGCAGCCCGAAACAGCGUGGUGUGGGCACUGACAGAGCAGCGAGCCCUCCUGUACCGGGAGGGCGUGAGCAGCUUCUGCCCCGAAGGGGAGCAGUGGAAAUGUGACAUCGUCAGUGAAAGGCAGGCUUUGGAACCCGUCUGUAUAACUCUCGGGGACCAGCAGACUCUGUGGGCCCUGGACAUCCGAGGGAACCUCUGGUUCCGAACUGGUAUCGUUUCCAAGAAGCCCCAGGGAGAUGACGACCAUUGGUGGCAAGUGAGCAUCACCGACUACGUGGUAUUCGACCAGUGCAGCUUAUUCCAGACCAUAAUCCAUGCCACGCACUCCGUGGCCACGGCAGCCCAAGUGCCCGUGGAGAAGGUGGCGGAUAAGCUGCGCAUGGCGUUUUGGUCUCAGCAGCUGCAGUGCCAGCCAAGCCUCCUCGGGGUCCACAACAGCGGCGUCUGGAUCUCCUCGGGCAAGAAUGAGUUCCAUGUCGCUAAAGGAAAUCUCAUCGGCACUUACUGGAAUAAUGUUGUUCCCCGUGGGACAGCUUCUGCAACGAAGUGGGCCUUUGUGCUGGCUUCCACUGCUCCCUCAAAGGAAGGAAGCUCCUUGUGGCUGUGCCAGAGCAGCAAGGAUCUGUGCAGCGUCAGCGCCCAGGAUGCACAGUCCCGCCCCUCCACGGUGCAGCUGCCUCCCGAUGCAGAGAUGAGGGCGUACGCCGCCUGCCAGGACGCUCUGUGGGCCCUGGACAGCCUCGGGCAGGUGUUCAUCAGGACGCUGUCCAAGAGCUGCCCCACGGGCAUGCACUGGACGCGGCUGGACCUCUCCCAGCUAGGAGCUGUAAAACUGACAAGCUUGGCGUGUGGCAAUCAGCACAUCUGGGCGUGUGACUCUAGGGGUGGCGUGUACUUCCGAGUGGGGACCCAGCCUCUCAACCCCAGUCUGAUGCUUCCGGCCUGGAUAAUGAUUGAGCCCCCGGUCCAGCCCGCAGGGGUCACGUUGGUCAGCGUCCACUGUAGUCCGAAUGACCAGAUGCUGUGGGCGCUUGACAGCAGGUGGAACGUGCACGUCCGGGCCGGCAUCACCGAAGAGAUGCCCGUGGGGACCGACUGGGAGCACGUGCCAGGGCUGCAGGCCUGCCAGCUGGCACUAAGCACCAGGACUGUGUGGGCCCGCUGCCCCAACGGUGACCUUGCCCGACGGUACGGCAUCACUGACAAGAACCCCGCGGGAGACUACUGGAAGAAAAUUCCUGGCAACGUGACGUGUUUCACAGUGACCUCGUCAGAUGAGCUGUGGGCCGUGGGCCCCCCCGGCUACCUCCUCCAGCGGCUGACGAGGACUUUCAGCCACUCACAUGGUGCCGCGAGCAGCCAUGCCACCACCCCCCACCCCGAGGACCUGGAAGACGAGUGGGAGGUCAUCUGACGGAGCCUUGGACCAGGCGCUCAGGAAACCCACAGCCUCAGCCAAGUGAUCUGGAGCCCUUGCUGGCGCGGCCGUGCCUCUGAGCUCCUGCAGAGGCCGCCUCCGAGCGCGGCAGCACCGGCCUCCUCCCGGCCUUGCCAGGCCCGCCGCAGGCAUGAGCUAGGGAGCCGGAGGUCAGCGUGCUCCCACCGCUGAGGGGGUCCCGCUCAGCUUCACGGUCACCACAGGGACGUGAGUUCUAGCACAUUCCAUGCUGGACACCCCGGCUGGGAAACCCAGCCUACGUCAGAGAGGUGGGGCGCUGGUCUGUGCCAGCACACAGCG